CGGGACAUCGUUCUCAGUAAGUGACAGAUCGUGGGAAAUUCCGAAUUUUGCCGUAUCACGUGGGCUCUAAAUGCCCUUUCUCUUCUACCGUUCUCUCACUCUAAGACUCUACUCAUAUGUUCAGUAAACGCGUAAAGUCAAAGCCCUUGCAGCGAACAAGACAAACAUCGCCCGAAGAUGACAACACUGAUGGGACACCAGUGACAGGAGACGAUUCUCCGGGUACUUUAGUAACCAAACUCAAGAAGAAAUCUAAUAAACCAAAGUCGCGGCUCAGUUUUGGCGGCGCUGACCAUGAGGAGGGUGGCGAAGAAGUUUUUCAGGUGAAAAAGUCGAAGCUCAGUAGAAAAUUGACGCUUGCGAAACACUCAGCAGGCAUACUUCCCAAUCUCGAUCAAGCCACUAUCUCGCCGAAUCGUGGACCAAAGUAUGACCAAGCCUAUCUCAAUGAGCUCAAAGCUAGCAACCGGCGAGCACCAGUCUCGGACCCAUACGAUGCAGACAUGUCGAUGGAUAUAUCCAUGGAUACAGGCGACCUCUCUAUACAAAGUGUAGAUGAUGUUGAAGCACUUGUGGAAACCAGUAUACCCUCUGAGUCAUCGAUCAAGGUGGCCAAGGAGCACCGGGAGCGGCUCAGAGUUACAGGGCAAGAGGAUUUCAUAUCUCUCUCCCUGACGCGGCGGACCGAAGAUCUGGGACCACAUCCUGAAAGUCGACUGGUGAGGGAAGAUGAUGAAGUUGGGGAAGGGGAUGACGAAUUUGCGGAAUAUACAAGUGCACAAGAAAGGAUUGCUCUUGGCAAAAAGUCGCGGAAAGUGGAGGCUAGCAAGCGUCGAGAUGCUAUGAAGGAAAUGAUCGCUGACGCUGAAGAAGAAGACGAAGAAACGAUGGAGUGGGAGCAAGAGCAACUGCGCCGUGGAGGAACGACAGCAUCAGAUCCCUUCCCAUCUUCCUCAAAAGUUAGACAGACAUAUAAAGCGGCUUCAAUUCCGCCUAUGGCUGCUGUACCAAUACUUGGCCCUGCUUUAACUCGCCUGACGCAGCAGCUGACUCAGUUGACAACUUCUCAUGCCACAAAUACUGCAGCUUUAAAUUCCCUCGCUCAAGAGAGAGGAGAGCUUGACGACAGAGAGAUUGAAAUGCGUGGCAUGGUCGGGAGAGCCGAAGAAAAGAGGGCUUGGUUUACCUCUUUCAGGGAAUGGGUAGAAGGCGUUGCCGCCUUUCUUGACGAAAAGUAUCCACUGCUGGAGAAAUUGGAAGAAGAACAUCUGUCACUACUGCAAGAAAGGAGAGACAUGGUUAAGAAGCGCAGAACACAGGACGAUGAAGAUGACCUUUCAACUUUCUUGGGGAAUCUUCCUCUGCCUGCCGAAACAGAGGAGACGGAUGAUUUUGGCAGAGGUGUGUCGAAGCCAAAUUUAGCGACACAGAAGGCGCUUCGACGUGCCGCGCGCAUUGCUAGGAGGCAUCAGCGCCGAAAUGAUGAAGAAGCCAAAGAAGGAUAUUCGACGGACUCGGAGCUUUCGCCUUCAGAUGAACAAGCUUAUUGCACUGCCGUAGAGUUUCUGGCCACAAAGAAGCAAGACGUUCUUUCUGAUGUUCGGGCUCCAGAGUUUCGCGACCCUGGCAAAGGCAGAUGGAGUGCGUGGCGGGAACAAUAUACAGAUAGCUAUGUCAAUGCCUAUGGUGGGCUAGGGGUUGUCAGCGUGUGGGAGUUCUGGGCAAGGUUGGAGUGUGUGGGGUGGAAUUGCAUAGAGGAGCCCCGAAGCUUGGAUGCUUUCACUUGGUAUAAGGGCUUGUACGAAUAUUCACGGCCAAAUAAUGCCGAAGGUGGCGAAUCAGAACUGGGACCAGACGGUGACUUGGUGGCAUCGAUGAUUACGACAGCCAUCUUACCCAGAAUGUGCAAGCUCUUGGGAGGUGGAGCCUUGGACGUCUAUUCAGCCGGAGACAUCAGGAGAAUGGUUAAUAUAACUGAAGAGGUUGAGGCGAGCAUCGAACCAGGGAAUACCAAGAUCCAUAUGCUCUUCAAAACGAUCUUAACUCUAUUUGACGAUACCAUCGCGGAGACUGAGGCUCUUGUUUCGAAAUACAGGUCUCUGGACCAGACCGCAAUGACCUUCAACCCAGAGUCAAUACCGGCGCGUAGAAGGUUCCUUACGAGACGAAUCAAACUGUUACAGAAUCUCUCGCGGUGGAGAAGAUUUACUGGUGAACGAUAUGGUAUUGGACAGACCAUUACAAGGCUCGUUGAUGGCACGUUACUACCCGUUGCAGGAGGAGGUUGGGAUGCCGGCGGAGAAGAACUCAUGCGCAAGGUGUCCAAAUUGUUGCCGGACGAGCUUUCGGGGAAUCUCAAGAAUCGCCUGAGAUAAGUGUUUAAGUGUCUCGUGUACUUUGUUAUUUGUGUAAUGAUUCGGGGUUCCAUGGUUAAGUUAAUGGACUGGUAGAUUCGAGGAUAUUCUCAUUCCACGAAAUGACAGCACCAUGGCUACGGUCAUUCUAUACUGUCAUCUCCAGAAUGCCUCGACAUAUUGAAUUGAAGCACUCGUGACCCGCAUAACAGAGUUCUGGUCGUGCGAGGCUCGUUCCGCUGUCGAACAACUAAUUGUAUCGUUUUCGUUGACGGCUGAAUACAUCUCGUGUUGUUGUCCUAAGGCAUGACGUC